CUGAUUCCUCGUUCAUUUCAGAAUCUCACCAAAGAUGCGACAACAUCAAAACGCUCCAUUCAGAAGACACUCGAGGAGAAAUUCUCCACAAAAUUCAAUGUGAUCUGUGCGCUGGGUGACUUCUCAUAUGUUGCAUACACAGACAAAUACUGUCAAACAUCCAAUGAUCUUGUUACUUGUUAUGCUUUCAAACCUCUUUGA